CACACACACACACACACACACACACACACACACACUGGGACACACACACACACACUGGGACACACACACAAACACUGGGACACAUACACACACUGGGACACACACACACACACUGGGACACACACACACACUGGGACACACACACUGGGACACACACGCUGGGACACACACACACUGGGAUAACACACACACACAAUGGGACACAUACACUGGGACACACACAGUCAAUGCAGUGUUACAUAUUUACACUAACAUUCACUCAUGUGAUUGAUCGAAUCGUGAAUUGAUAAUGUCUGUGCUCUGUUGCUCUCCCCUUGCAGAGUAAGCUGUACAGCCUGCCAGCCAGCCACGCUAGUCGAGUGUACGAGCUGCUGAUCGGACACCUGCAGCUGCACUACAAGAACAAGUACUGCUCCGCUGUGGCCUGCAGCAUACGACUACAGGUAGCAUAUACAGGGGUCACCCAAAGCAAUCUGUGUAUUUCCUGUCUUCUUUUUGUGUGUCUGUCUUCUGUGUUGUGUCUUGUCCUUCUGGUGUGUCUGGUCUUCUGUGUGUGUCUUUCCUUCUGUGUGUCUGGUCUUCUGUGUGGUGUGUGCCUUUGUGUGUCUGUCCUUUCUGUGUGUCUGUCCUCCUCUGUGCUGUCUUCUUGUGUGUGUCUGUCCUUCUGUGUGUGUCUUGUCUUCUGUGUUUGUCUGCCCCUUCUGUUUGUGUCUGUCUUCUGUGUGUGCCUGUCUUCUGUGUUGGUGUCUGUCCCUCUGUGUUCGGUCCCUCUCUGUGUGUCUGUCCUCUCCUGUGUGUUCUGUCCUCUCUGUGUGUCCCUGUCUUUCCUGUUGUGUGUCUGUCCUGUGUGUGUCUUUCUUCUGUGUGUGUCUGUCCUUCUGUUUGUGUCUGUUCUUUCUGUGCGUGGGUCUUCUUUGUGUGUGGUGUCCCUUUUGUUUGUCUGUCUUGGUUGUGUCUUGUUCUUCUGUGUGUGUCUGUCCUUUCGGUGGUUUGUCUGUCUUCUGUGUGUGUCUGGUCCUUCCUGUGUGUGUCUGUCGUUCUGUGUGGUCUGUCCUCUCCUGUGUCUGUCCUCUCGUGGCUGUCCUCUCUGUGUGUCUGUCCUCUCUGGUUUCAACGUCCGCUCUGUGUCUGUCCUCCCAUCUGUGGGUGUCUUUCCCCUCUCUGUGUGUCUGUCCUCUCUGUGUGUCUGUCCUCUCUGUGGUUGCCUCUCCCUGUGUCUGUCCUCUCUGUUGUCUGUCCCUCUGUGUGUCGUCCUCUGUGUGUGUCUGUCCUCUCUGUGGGUCUGUCCUCUGUGUGUCCUGUCCUCUCGUGUGUUCUGUCCUCUCUGUGUGUCUGUCCUCUCUGUGUGGUCUGUCCUCUCUGUUGUUGUCUGUUCCUCGUGUGUGUCGUCCUCUUGUGGUGUCCUGUCCUCUCUGUGUGUGUGUUCCUCUGUGUGUCUGGUCCUCCUGUUGUGUCCAGGUGGCUUCCUAACAGGUUUUUGGAUGCGGUGGUGUUGUUAUAACUACUGCUCCCCUCUGACGCCUCUGACGCCCUCACUGUCGUCAAAUCAUCACUCUCUGUCGCACACCGUUAACGUCAGGAGUUUCUUGUGAUCCCUGCUGGAAGGUGGAACAAUGGUGUGUGCAGUGGUGUAAGGGAUGUUGUCCCCUAAUUUUUACUAUCAUGUUAAUAAUCUGGGCUAAACGUUAAUAAUAAUAUAAUACUUCUAAACAUUUGAAAUGAUACAAAAUAAUAAUAUUACUCACUCCUCUCCUCUCCUCUUCCUCUCCUCUCCCUCUCCUCUCCUCUCCUCUCCUCUCCUCUCCUCUCCUCUCCUCUCCUCCUCCUCUCCUCUCCUCCCUCUCCUCUCCUUCUCUCCAGUUUGAUUAGGAAGGUGUUGGGGAACAACCCAUCUGGGCCAUAGUGCCAUAUACACCAUGUGCCGUAUCAUGAGGAGAGUAACAAACCCUCUGUGUUUGUGGUGUGUGUGGUGUGUGUGUGUGUUGUGGGUGUGUGGUUUGUGUGGUGUGUGUGUGUGGUGUGUGUGUGUUGUGGUGUUUGUGUGUGUGUGUGUGUGUGUGUGUGUGUGUGUGUGUGUGUGUGUGUUUGUGUGUGUGUGUGUGUGUGUGUGUGUGUGUUGUGUGUGUGUGUGUGUGUGUGUUGUGUGUGUUGUGUGUGCCUUCCUCCCCCCUCUAUUGUUUUAAAUCGGUUUUCUACGACGGCUCUGUAGUUGAGGAAGCCACUGACCGUGUGUGUGUCUAACUCUCCUCUCUCUCUGUCAGGGCGUAUAAUGGAGGAUUCUCCGUUGCUGAGAGACCGUGUUCUUUCGUAGGGAUGGGCUCUAUGGGGGCGCACCGUCUUCCCCCGCCCUAAAAAACACCCCUACCCUGGUCCUCCCAUCAUUCUAUAUUUAUGAAGUAUUUUAUUAAUUAGGUGGAGAGAUAGAGUAGAGAGAUAGAUGAUGGAUGUUUAUUGUUGAGGAAAGAUUCAGGAUUUAAAGUUUCGUAGAGGAUUUUUAUCUAUGACCUCUAACCAAUCUGACCUUUUUUAACCCCCGGCCGAUUUGGGUUGGUGCCAACGAGAUGGUGUCCAUAUUAGAAUCGUUCUCUCCAUCCCCAGAACUGAUAAAGAGUAUGGCCAAGGAACUCCGGUGGUCCAUGGGACCAUACUGCUGGCUAAUCAUAGAGAGAUUACUGCAGCAUAUUCAGGUACAACACACACACAAACACACACACACACACACACACACACACACAUACACUACACCACACACAACACACACACAGACACACCGAUACAGACACAGACACACAGAUACAGAACACACACACCAACCCCCACACACACCCACACACACCACACCACCCACACUCCACCCACACACACACCUCAUCCUACACACACCCCAACCCACACCCACCCACACAUAACACACCGAUACAUAACCCCUACACACCUCUCCAUAACACAGCCACACCACCCACACACCCACUCUCACCCACCCACACUCUCCCCCACCUCCCCCCACACCCCCCGAUCCCUCCCCCCACACCCCCCCACGCCAAGACAGCCCCCCAUCCCCCCCACCACACCCACCCCCUCAUCCAUCCCCCCCCCCCCCAACACCGCCUCUCCCCAGCCCCUCCCCCCACCCACACACCCCCCCAUCUACAUCGCCCUCCACCCCCCCCACCCCUCUCCCUCCCCCCCCCCCCCCCCCCCCCUCUCCCACACACACACAUAUACACAUAUACAGAACACCAGGCAGGCAACACCCCACAGAUACAGAACACAGCCAGGCCCCCACCAGAUACAGACCACACCAACACACAGAUACGAACACAGGCAUUCACCACACCAGACAGAAAAUGAAUGUACUUUCGUCUCUCUCCAGUCGAUAAUCUGCGUGGCAGAACGGAAGUCCAUAGUGUAUGAAUGGCUUGACUACGUGGAGGAGCUCUAUGAAUCAAAGGCUUUCCUGGAUCAUCUACAAUUCUUCAGUCGGGUGAGAAGUGUGCUGACAAAAGACCUG